AUGGUAGAGCAACCCGCAAACGUGGAUGCCGCCGUGAAUACCCCAGUUGUGGUUGAUUCAAACGAUGAUGGAACAGUCGCCCAGGAACUGGAAUUAGAGCAUAUGAGGAGUACAUUGGAAGAGGCGAUUGUGGAAACGCGCAGUACGCCUCUCGAAAAUCGACCGCGACUUCCCCGCAUAGCCCUAAGCAAGCGGAAUCGGGCUGUCGUGAGGGCUCUGAACCCAAUGCUGGUGACCUAUUUGGAAGCCAGCCGGGACCUUUGCGAGACGGACUCAAUUCUUUUUUGGCGCCGCGCUGGCAGUCUGCCGUAUCAUAGGCGCCAAGGUUUCCACGGCUGGACGCGCUACUGGCCAUAG